GCUAGCUUAGCUUGCACGACGGCCGUUUCGCCAUCUACGUUACUACGCUCACGUACGUGGCCCAUCCUUAAUUCUUCGCUCAAAGUUGUGUGUUCGCUACAUGUGUAUUCCUUGACCUCGGCUAGAUCGCUAGAUAGCUCUCUCCGUGUAUCCGUGCAGCGCAGCAAGGCGUCGCUUAUUGAUUCGGGACGAUAUUCACUACGUGUUCUAUUGUUUAUUUAUCCCGCAAACCAACGGGGCUCGCGCGAGAUUUUCAACCAAGUUCUGUUACGAAGUUUCUGUGUGGAUUCGCAACGAGACGACCUGAGCCAUCAACAUGACAGAGAGAGAGGACAAUGUUUAUAAGGCGAAACUCGCCGAACAGGCCGAACGUUACGAUGAAAUGGUCGAAGCAAUGAAGAAAGUUGCGUCGCUAGACAUAGAACUCACAGUCGAAGAGCGCAAUCUUCUAUCAGUAGCAUAUAAAAAUGUUAUUGGUGCGAGGAGAGCGUCCUGGCGAAUUAUCUCCAGUAUCGAGCAGAAAGAGGAAACUAAAGGCGCCGAGGAGAAGCUCGAGAUGAUCCGUCAAUACCGGGGUCAGGUCGAAAAGGAGCUCAGAGACAUUUGCGCAGAUAUCCUCGGAGUUUUGGAAAAACACCUGAUACCCUGUGCAUCCACCGGAGAAUCAAAAGUUUUUUACUAUAAAAUGAAGGGAGAUUACCAUCGUUACUUGGCAGAAUUUGCAAUUGGCAAUGAUAGAAAGGAGGCUGCGGAGAACUCGCUCGUGGCGUACAAGGCGGCCAGCGACAUCGCCAUGACAGACCUACCGCCAACACAUCCCAUCCGUCUCGGACUGGCUCUCAACUUUUCUGUAUUUUAUUACGAAAUUCUCAACAGCCCCGAUAGAGCUUGCCGCUUGGCGAAGGCCGCGUUCGACGACGCCAUCGCAGAGCUCGAUACUCUGUCCGAAGAAAGUUACAAAGAUUCCACUUUGAUCAUGCAACUGCUCAGGGAUAAUCUCACGUUAUGGACUUCUGACAUGCAGGGAGAUGGUGAAGGUGAACAUAAAGAACAGCUUCAAGAUGUGGAAGAUCAGGACGUUUCGUAACUUACUAAAUAAAACCAAUGAAUAUAAGUUGAAGAUAAGAAUGGUAUUAUUAUGCAAGAAAUAAUCAGUCUAGCUGGAACAAGAAUGCAAAAAAAAGGAUGAUCGUUUAGUAAUUUUUGAGUGUAAAAUGCAUACUCAAGCCAAACCAUUUUAUCAUUACUAAUAAAUAUAAUACACGUGUAACCAUAUGUAAUGCAAACUCUCAUGAUCUUCAUCUUGCAGUAAAACAGUUUUGACUUUCAUUGUACUUGAGCUUAAGAAAAAUAACCAACAGGAAACAUUUUGAAUUUUCAUUAUCACAAACACUUACUGUAACUGUUUUUUCAUAAGACUUAUAAUUAUUAUCGUAAUCAAAAAACUAUAAAUUGUGUAGCCUUGGAUCGUGAGAAAUAAUUUCAAAUUUCAAAUCAACAAUAAAUUAAAUAGAACCCAUAUUCAUUCAUUUUUUCAUCCUUGAUACAGCUCAAUUUCCCCGCUCAUGAAACUCACUCGAUUAUACACAAUUUAAAAACGUAACGACAAAUUUAAACAGUAGAGUAAGCAAUUAAUAAGACAAUCGGAAACAAUCGCGAUAACGUUUUUUCAUCGUAUGAUUUUUGCCUCGCGUGCAGUUGGUUCAUUUUUCGAAAUUAUGUUACUUAAAAAACAUGCAUUCCAUAUAUUAUAUACAUAGAAAUCUGUGUGAAAACUGACUUUUCUAAUCCGAUUUUCGUUUGUAUUAUCAAUCAAAUUGUCAAACAUUUUUCUGAAUUAAAAAGGAAGGCUGAUAUUAAACAUAUACAACAAAAAAAAACAAUGAGCAUUUAACUAACAAUGUUAUUAUAUUAACUAUUAUAAAGCAAGACUCAUCUAUGCAUUUACGAAAGUUGUGUUUUUCGAAAAAUUCACUAAACCAGCAUCAUUUUUCAUUUAUGUCACAGCACAAAAAAAAAA